CUCCUCCAACCCCGCCACCGAUCUCUAUAAAAGACCCCGAAUUUCGAAACCCCGCCUCGAAGCCGCGAUCUGCGCGCUCCUUCCCGCCCAUUUCGGCCCCGGAUUUGGCCCCGGAUCGGCGCGGGUUCCGCGGCGUCCCUUGCGCGCGAUUCGGAUGGCGGAGCCGGGGCUCGAGGGCAGCCAGCCGGUGGAUCUGUCCAAGCACCCCUCCGGCAUCGUCCCCACGCUCCAGAAUAUCGUAUCAACAGUUAAUUUGGAUUGCAAGCUUGACCUCAAAGCAAUAGCUUUGCAAGCACGCAAUGCUGAGUAUAACCCAAAGCGUUUUGCUGCAGUCAUCAUGAGAAUAAGAGAACCCAAAACCACAGCACUGAUAUUUGCAUCGGGUAAAAUGGUCUGUACUGGAGCAAAGAGCGAACAACAAUCUAAGCUUGCAGCAAGAAAGUAUGCUCGUAUUAUUCAGAAACUUGGCUUUCCAGCUAAGUUUAAGGACUUCAAGAUUCAGAAUAUCGUUGGCUCCUGUGACGUCAAGUUUCCAAUUAGGCUUGAGGGACUUGCAUAUUCGCACGGUGCCUUCUCAAGUUAUGAACCGGAACUGUUUCCUGGCCUGAUCUAUCGGAUGAAACAACCAAAGAUCGUUCUUUUGAUUUUUGUUUCUGGCAAGAUUGUUUUGACUGGCGCUAAGGUGAGAGAGGAGACGUACACUGCCUUCGAAAACAUCUAUCCUGUGUUGACAGAGUUCAGAAAAGUCCAGCAAUGAUAACGUGAAGAUUACAUCCUCCUAAUUACAAGCUUCCUUGAGGCUUCUGUUGUGGGACCAUAAGUUUUAACUGUACAUGAAAGUCUGGAGGAGCUCAUAGCGCCUUGUAAUUUAUGUGAUGUUCAGUAUGUGUUGUGGUUGGGUGGGUUUGUACGGGAGCUGGUGGAAGACAUGUCGAGUUUGUACGUUUGGGUAGGCCUUAGGGAUCAGGUUACACCUUAUCAUGUGUCAUUUGAGUAGUUCGUGUGAACUGCAGGGUACAUGCACGGCACAUGUGGCUGCAGCGUUAACUCAAGCACUAACAAGAGUAGAGAAAUUUUGCCCUAGUUUGUCUUUGAGAUACACGAGACAUUUAAAGUCUUUUCUGAGUAUCUUCAAGCGUGCUUUGCGAAUUGCGAUGAUGAAAAGGCAGGCACUGUAUGUAACGGGGCAAUCCCUAUGCAGUAUGUACAAUAUACUGGAACUAUGUGACAAGUUGCAAGUUAUCUGUUGUAUUUGUGAUGCUUUAGCGUUUA